AUUUCAUUUCUACAACCUCUCCAGUGCAAACACAUCGAGUGCACACACUGGGAAAAAAGUAGAAAGCAGAAAAAAAAGACCAACAGUCAGGCAUAUUUCCGAAUUCCAGGGAUCAUCACAUAUCACCACAAAGAGAAUACGCAUUUACCCGCGCACCAUGGAUCAGGAACUCAAGAUCAUCAGGCGCAAAGUCAACGGCUUCGUUGGUUUUGCCAACUUGCCAAAGCAGUGGCACCGCAAGUCGGUCAGAAGAGGCUUCACGUUCAACUGUAUGGUGAUUGGCGAGAGCGGUAUGGGAAAAGCAACGUUGAUCAACACGUUGUUUAACCGUGAGGUGUUGUCUUCCAGAGUCGACGACGCCAAAUCAGUAGACAACGAGGGGGACGAGCCCACAUUGCGAAUCGAGAACACGACCUCGGAAAUAGAGGAGGACGGUGUGAAGUUGAAGUUGAACAUCAUCACCGCGCCUGGAUUCGGCGAGCACGUCAACAACACGGACUCCUGGAAGCCCAUUGUCGACGAGAUCAACACAAGAUUCGACCACUACUUGGAGGCCGAAAGCAGAAUCAACCGCUCGGCAAUCACAGACAACAGAAUUCACGCAUUGUUGUAUUUCAUCGAGCCUACAGGCCACUCGUUGAAGUCGUUGGACAUCCAACUCAUGAAGCUGGUUCACGAAAAGGUGAACUUGAUUCCAAUCAUCGCCAAGUCCGACACGCUCAUUGACGACGAAAUCGCCACCUUCAAGGCCAGAGUGUUGGCUGACAUCAACUACCAAAAAAUCAAGAUUUUUACGCCUCAGGUGUAUGAGAACGAUGACGAAGAUAUCACGGGAAACUCACGUGCGUUGAUCGCGUCAUUCCCCUUUGCUGUGAUUGGGUCUACCACCGAUGUGCAGACUGCCGAUGGCAGAAGUGUCAGGGGCCGCGCGUACCCGUGGGGUAUCAUCGAGGUCGACAAUGAGAACCACAACGACUUUGUGCGCUUGAGGCAAUUGUUGGUGCGCAAUAACUUGGAAGAGUUGCGCGAAACCACAUCGGAUACUUUGUAUGAGAAGUACAGAUCCGAGAAGUUGGAGAAGAUGGGAAUCGAGCAAGACAACUCUGUGUUCAAGGAGUUUGACCCGUUGACCAAGCAGGAAGAAGAGAGAGCUUUGCACGAAGCCAAGUUGGCCAAGAUGGAGGCCGAGAUGAAGGCGGUGUUCCAGCAAAAGGUGAGCGAGAAAGAAAAGAAGCUACAGAGAUCGGAGGCCGAUUUGUUUGCCAGACACAAAGAGAUGAAGGAGAAGUUGGCCAAGCAGAUCAAGUUGUUGGAGGACAAGAAGGCCCAGUUGGAGAAGCAGAAGGCGUUGCCCGUCGAGCACGCGCCCGCUCCCGCGGCACAAAAGUCGAGAAAGGGCUUUUUGCGCUAGUCACGCCCACGCAGUGUAGAACUGCCGGAACUUUGCUAUGGAAGUGGUGUAAGCUAGAAUUAGAGGCACGAGAAAACCAUCUUGAGCUUGAAUACGAGGGCUUCGAGGAGAAGCAGUAGAACAGGGUGCGGUUGGCACUGGUUUGGCUGGUCUCCCUGCCUACAAGAGUGAGGACUAGAAGCAGCCUUGACGUGGGGUAAUUUGGCCCGUAGGAGCCGAGUCGAUGGUGCCACAAAAACCGAGGGCGCUCGUUUCUAUUGAUUAUUUACCUGAAUGAAUUGCAAAACAUAUUCUUGUGUUUUUACCGGACUGCAACCAAGUCUUUAAGUGACUGGCACGAGAAGCACUGGAGCAGGUGCCCAGAAUAUGUUUUCUGUGGAAACUUUAGAGGCGAGAAUGAAGAUAUCAGGUGCAACAGGAAGGCUCAGUUAUACGAAAAGAGGGAGCCCUACCAUGUAGAAAAUGACCAUGUAUCGCGAUUCACAAACAGUG